GAUGGCUUAUGUAAAUUAUCCGAGAAAAGUUUGUCAUGAGAAUAUUGAUAAUGACCAUGAUAAUGAUUUGGACGACAUUACAUUCGAUGGACCAUCCAUUGUUCAAAUGAAUCCCACUCUUUUUGAAGAACAAGAAUUUAGCUAUCCCGAAACCAAACACGCAGACAUCUACGAUUCUGUGGAAAGAGAAGCAAUGCGAGAAUAUCUAACUCACGGAUUAGAGAAAUCUAUUACAAUUUACCACGCUAAAGUUAUUCAAAGGAGCUAUGGACGAGAAAAACGCUUUUUCUGCCCUCCCCCAUAUGUACGUUAUCGCGAUCUGGCUAGAUGGGAUGAUAAUGAACGCCAAAUUUGUGCCUAUAUUGGAGUAAAUCUCUCAAUAGACGAUAUGCAUCAUAUGGAAAAAAAAGAAGAUGGUAUAUUUUUUUUGGAAAAGCCUCUGUUUAUUACUAGUUCAGAUAAAAGAAAAAAUUUCGAAUUAAAAAUUCGCUUAUUUUAUUCCGAUGGCUCAGCUAUUGGCAUUUUCUCUUCAAAGUGUAUUAGAGUUGUAACAAAACCGUCGAAGAAGAGACUUAAAACACCAAAGAAUCAUGAUUUAUGCAUUGAAAGUGGAAGUGAAAUUGCUCUUUUUAAUCGACUAAGGUCGCAAAGUGUUUCCACUAGAUAUUUAAAAGUAUAUGAAGAUCCUGUGGACAAAUCAUUAAAUUUUGUUGCCUCUCCUGUUAAGUGGGGAUCUUUUAAGAUACAUCUAGUGAAUGAAGAGGAAGAAGAAAGCGAGGAAUUCGAUGUAGAAGAAGGUUUUAUACACUAUGGUCAAACGGUAAAAUUAGUAUGUUCAGAAACUGGAAUGAGUCUGCCAAGACUAAUAAUUCGCAAAGUAGACAAACAGAAGAUUAUUUUAGAUGCAACAGGUCCAAUUUCUCAGCUGCACAAAUGUGCAUUAUACAUGAAAGAUACCGAUCGAAUGUACAUCUGUACUGCUCAAGAUAAGAUUGUUCAAUUUCAAGCUAAUCCGUACCCACAAAAUCCUAAUUGGGAAAUGAUAAACGAUGGCUCCGCUUGGACGGUAAUUUCAACUGUAUCAAGCGAAUAUAAAUUUUAUGAAGGAAUGGGCUCAACCAGACAUCCACCAACUCCUAUUCCAAUAGUGUUUCCAUUAGAAUGCGGAGGAAAAGGUAACAGCCUACUGGAGAUAAACGGAGAAAGGUUUACGCCCAAACUUAAAGUUUGGUUUGAUGAUUAUGAGUGUUCAACUUUCUUUAGAUGUGAGGAACUUUUGCUAUGCCUAGUACCACAUAUUUCUUCAUUAAAACCUGAAUGGAAAUUUGUGCGUAAGCCUUACAAAGUACGCCUAUCAUUAGUAAGAUCAGACGGUAUAAUUUAUCCUACUGGAUUAUCCUUUACUUACCUACCGGAACCUGGUUUAAAAACAUGGAAAAUGAGUUCAAAAAAGGAUUAUUGGAAAGUAAUGGAGGAAGAGGCUCUACGCUGCGGACCUUUUCCUUAUAACUAUUUAUAUGAGUAUAGAAAAGACAAUAAGGCUAUUGAAAGAGUUAUAAUAAAAAUGUUAAAUGUCGAUCUGUUUGAUUUAGAUGAUAUUAAGGUUGUACUGGAUAAGAUGGAGAUGUUAAAUUACUCUGCAAAUGUUGAAAAUUCAACAGAAGAAACCCAAUCGUAUCCGGUGGAAGAUAUCAUUAAGGAUUGUAACAAAAAUACAUCAAUUUCGGUUACAUCUUGUCAAUCUAAUCAUCAAUUAUUCAAAACAAACUUGUGGGAAGAGAUUCGAUGUAACGUUUUUCAUGAAAUAGCUUCCUAUAGCAACCAGGAAAACAUCUCGACCCGUCGAAUUCAUAUUAGUCCUUUCUAAACAUGAAUAAUGUAGCUGUG